AUGGGCCAGAUCUUCUCCAUCGUGGUGUUUGGCUCCAUCGUGAACGAGUGCUACGUGAACAAGGACAGCCAGAACCCCGAGCUGCUCUGCAUCUUCAACGAUAAUGAGAGUGCCUGCAGUUAUGGCAUUGCCGUUGGCAUCAUUGCCUUCUUUGGCUGCAUCUUCUUCUUUGUCGUGGACCUCUACUUCCAGCAGAUCAGCAGUGUGAAGGACCGCAAACGGGCCGUCCUGCUGGACCUUGGCUUUUCAGGUUUCGUGUCCUUCCUGUGGUUUGUAGCCUUCUGCUUCCUAGCAAACCAGUGGCAGCGGACGACAAUGAGCAGAGGGGUUUCACAAGGAGCAGACGCUGCCCGGGCAGCAAUCACCUUCUCCUUCUUCUCCAUCAUCGUCUGGGUCGCACUGGCGGUGAAGGCACUGCAGAGAUACCGCCUGGGGACGGACAUGUCGCUCUUUGCCACUGAUCAGUUCCCCACCGACCCCAACGCGGCGUACCCCGGCUACCCCACCGGCAGCGGCAUCGAGAGCACAGAGACCUACCAGAGCCCCCCCUUCACCGAAACCUUAGAUGCCAACCCGAAAGGUUACCAAGUGCCAGCGUACUGAGGGGCGAGGGCCGUGUACCAACAGACCGAGUCCUACGGUGCAGUACACUUAACCGGUUGAUUGCAAAUGUAUUCAGUCCCAUUUCCUUAAUGUGGCAAGUCAGUGCUGGGUUCCUUACUAUUAGCUAGUUGUGCAGU